AUGACAGCAAUGGAUGAAAUCAUCUGGGCAAACGAGUACCAAGCUGUUCAGGUCAUAGAUGACAGCACCAGUCUUCGGGAUGGGGAUAUCGCCGUCUGCACUGGGAGGCGUUCUAGGGCUUGCUUCGCUAGGAGCUGCUUGUGGAACAAGUCGGUUGACGGACACGUUUACGUACCAUGGCUCUCCUCUGACUACCAUGAAAUAGACCAACUGGUGAUCAAGAGAGGGAUGGAGGACUUGGAGGAUGGUACCUGCAUUCGGUUUGUUCCCUGGACACACCAGAAGGACUACCUUGACAUUCAGCCCAAGUCAGGGUGUUGGUCAUACCUGGGCCAGAGAGGUGGAAGACAAAUCAUAUCCCUGCAGGACCCAGAUUGCAUGUUUUCUGGGGUCGCUUCCCAUGAGCUCAUGCAUGCUCUGGGUUUCAUGCACGAGCAGUCCCGUGCGGACCGAGACUACUAUGUCACCAUCAUGUGGUCCAACAUCUUGAGGGAUAGUGUGAGGAACUUUGAGAAAUGUAAAACGAACAAUUCGGACCUUCCCUAUGACUACACAUCUAUCAUGCACUUUGGAAUGUAUGCUUAUUCUGAGGAUGGAGAUCCAACCAUAAUUCCCAAGAGGAGCAGGAAUGUUCAGCUGGGACAGAGAACUAGUCCCAGUCACCUAGUGUUAAAAAUUAACAAGCUCUACGAUUGUGAUGUCUAA